AUGAAAUCAUCCCUGGCAGCGGGGCUGUUGCUGCUGCUGGCGCUCUGCGCAAUCGUCCAGCAAGUGCAACCACUAUCUCUUGACCCCGUCGCUUCAACCGAAUUGGAAGAGUAUAUUAAGGAUGAUUUUCUUAUAUCUCUGAGACAUAUUAGACCGCGCCGAAAGUUUAGGAUAACGAUCGAGGCACUUUUCAUGAUCGAUUUCCCCGAGUCGAAGAACAAAUUCUCCUUCUAUUUGGAUCGCAAAAAUAAGCGAGUGACCAUCGACAUCAACACCCACGCGAAGGUGUACUCAAAAAAUCUCAUCCUGAACGACCUGAACGAGUCAACAACGAUCAAAUCGCUUGCGUUCGCGUUCCACCAGAGCUCGAUCACCGUUUACAUGAACUGUAAACAAUCGUCCACGGAAGAGUUGGACGUCAAUCUGUCCAAGCUGUUCACCAGCGCUGACGAGCCGACCGUGAAGCUGUUCCGCGAGCGUAAGUAUCCCCUGUUUUUGGACUCGGAGCUGGAAAAGGCGCUGAGCCGGGCCAGCUGUCAGAAGAUUUUGCGUCGCAAUGGCAACAACAGUAUCCACCCGCGCCAGAAGCAAACGGUGGAGAAGAUGCUGAAGAAUAAGGCGCAAGGGGAAGUUGCUCCGGAGCGCAACAAGAAACGUGACAUCCGCAAUUGGCAUCACACGUCGGAAAAGUACAAGCAAGAGAUCCACACCGACUUCUCGUCGAACCGUGGGGACAUUCCCAUCAUUCAUGGAGACUGUGACGAGAACAUCCUGAAGCUUUUGGGCGAGCUUCUGAAGCUGGUAAAAGAACUGAAGGAGGAAGUAAAGGGUCAACGGCAUGAGAUCACCUACCUGCGCGGCCUGAUUGAGAAUUGUGCCGGCUGUCAGCAGGCUCAGCCGCUGCGCGAAAACUGUCAGUACAGCAAUCCGUGCUUCCCAGGCGUGCAGUGCUACGAUACGUCCACCGGCAUGCGCUGUGGCCACUGUCCACGGGGGUACGUCGGUGAUGGUCGCAGCUGUCGCCCCGGUCAAACCUGUGCGGACCAGCCAUGCUUCAAUGGUGUCCAGUGCUAUGACACGGUCGAGGGUGCACAGUGUGGACCCUGCCCGGCCGGGUACGAGGGUGACGGUAAGCACUGCCGGUUUCGGGACGCCUGCGAAGACAAGCCGUGCGCGCCAGGUGUACAUUGCAGUAGGUUAGAUCAGCAUCCGUUCUUCCGCUGCGGUGCCUGUCCGGCCGGUUUCACUGGCAACGGUACUGCCUGUCACGACGUGGACGAGUGUGAUCUGAUGGAGCCGUGUGAUGUGCGCGUCCGCUGUACCAACACAUCGCCUGGGUUCCGCUGCGAUCCGUGCCCGGCUGGAUACGUGGGCAUCCACUAUGAAGGCCUCUCGGCGGCAGGGUUCGAUGGUUCGAUGCAGCGGCAAAGGUGCACGGAUCGGAACGAGUGUGCCGAUGGGACGGCUCGCUGUGGCGUGAGCACGAUCUGUCACAACACGGAGGGCUCGUACGAGUGUCAGUGUAAGGCGGGAUUCAUCCGGAAUUCGUCGCACGAGUGUCUACCAUCAGACCGCAUGUGUUUGGAUGGUACGAUCUGCGACACGAAUGCGGUUUGCAAGCACGCCGGUAACAACAAGUACAGGUGCAAGUGUAAGGUAGGAUGGGCUGGAGAUGGAUUCCUUUGCGGUUCGGACAAGGAUCUCGACGGCUGGCCGGACACCAACCUGCUCUGCAGCGAUGAAAAGUGUCGUGCGGACAACUGCGUCAACAUUCCCAACUCCGGCCAGGAGGACGCCGAUCGCGACGGCAUCGGUGAUGCUUGCGAUCCCGACGCGGACAACGACGGAAUCCUGAACAAUCCGGAUAACUGCCCUCUGGUGCACAAUCCGGAUCAGAUGGAUAGCGACGUCGACGGUGGAGAUAAGCAGGGUGAUGCUUGUGACAACUGCCCGACCGUCUCGAACGUAGAUCAGAACGACGUGGACAAGGAUGGCCUGGGUGAUGCCUGCGAUCCAGACAUCGAUAACGAUGGUAUUCGGAACGAGGACGAUAACUGUCCGAAAGUGAGCAACCAUAAUCAGCUCGAUACGGACGGCGAUCGUGUUGGCGACGUGUGCGAUAACUGCCCAAUGAUCCCGAAUCCCAAUCAGCUGGACUCCGAUAAUGAUCUUAUCGGCGACGCAUGCGAUAGUGAUGUCGAUCGCGACCGGGAUGGCAUACAGGAUAGCCGGGACAACUGCCCGAAGCUAGCCAACUCGGACCAGCUCGACUCGGAUGGUGACGGUCGGGGCGAUCUGUGUGACACGGAUGCGGACAACGACGGCAUCCUAAACCACGAGGACAACUGCCCGAUCGUCUUCAACCCGGACCAGACGGACGCAAAUAACGACGGUAUUGGUGAUAUCUGCGAGGAGGACUUCGAUCUGGAUCUCAUUCCUAACUACCUGGACAACUGUCCGAACAAUUCGAAGAUCUUUUCGACUGACUUCCGCACGUACCAGACGGUGGUGCUCGAUCCGGAGGGUGAUUCUCAGAUCGAUCCCAACUGGGUGAUCUACAACAAGGGCGCGGAAAUUGUACAAACGCAAAACAGUGAUCCGGGACUUGCCGUCGGUUACGAUGCCUUCGGUGGGGUGGACUUCGAGGGUACCUUCUUCGUCGACACGGAAAUAGACGACGACUACGUCGGGUUCAUCUUCAGCUACCAGGACAACCACAAGUUCUACGCGGUGAUGUGGAAGAAAAACAUCCAAACGUACUGGCAGGCGACACCGUUCCGUGCUUCGGCCGAGCCCGGCAUCCAACUGAAGCUGAUCAACAGCAACACUGGCCCGGGUGAGAUGCUGCGCAACAGCCUCUGGCACACCGGUGACACCAAGGACCAGGUGAAGCUGCUCUGGAAGGAUCCGCGCAACGUUGGCUGGACGGAGCGUACCGCCUACCGGUGGUUGCUGCUCCACCGUCCCAAGAUCGGACUGAUCCGGUUGCGAAUUUUCGACGGUGAUCAGAUGGUGGCCGAUUCGGGCAACAUUUUCGACACCACGCUCAAGGGCGGUCGAUUGGGUGUGUUCUGUUUCUCGCAGGAGAUGAUCAUUUGGUCCGAUCUGGUUUAUCGAUGCAAUGAUAACGUACCGGAGGCGAUUUAUCGAGAACUGCCACCACGCCUACAGCGGGAAGUCCAGGUGGAUCACCGAACCUGAAGCGCCCGCCUGGUUCAACCUCAGCCAAUCUAAUCAAACAACGUACAACUAAAAGUAGCCUCUAAAGUACGCGUAUUUACACAACCGCUUCCACAGCUACCUACUUCGGGCUAUCGUAUCACUCCGCAUCUGCUGCUACCUCAGCGUUUUCCGCUUUCCAGAAGCUCUCGGAACGCACUCGUUGACAUCCGGUAGAGUGACGAUUUUCUUUGUCCCGUUUCACAAUACUUUUUAGUGUGAACUUA